AUGACGCCCCCGGCCCGUGGACGGGGGACUAGCCAACGCAGCCCGACCGUUUUGGUGACCGACUCACGCGACCAACAAAAUCCCCAAACCCCCCGCCGUCGCCGUUCGCCCGCAACCCGCUUCAUCACCGUUGAUAAUGUUCUCCAGUACGCCUCCGACGUGCCUUCAAUGCAACAACGUGGCCCACCACCCAGCUCGCGCUCACGACGCAUCGCGUCUGCGACGGGUGGAUUGAUCGGUAAUUCGGGUGGUAGUAGUUCCAGUGCGGCGGCAGGAGGUGGAAAAGCUGGUCGACUUGCUGCGCAACCGCGUCUGCCACCUCGAACGACUAAAGUUAGCGAGAAGCUGGUUCUUCUGCCUGAUACCGAUGAAAUCGAGGAGGGGGAGACCGAGGAUGAUGAUGACGAGGGUCCUGAUGGUACGGAGAUGGUGAAUGAGGAACUCGUUGAUCGCUUGGCGCGUGAGAGAAAUGUUGAUCCGGAGGUCGUCAGACGCCAGCUUCUUGUUUCGAAGCGUCUGACUGGUGACUUUGGCGUUGACAAUGAUCUUGCCCCGCUGUCGGCUGAGGAGGAGGUGUUGAGGAAACGGCGUGUGGCGCCUGAGCGCGCCAAAAGUUAUGCUGAGCGAUUGCCAAAGGCUAGGAGGACGGAGAAGCUCGCUCGUGUCACGGCCUAUUGUACGGCACAGGCUUACAAGAUGGGAUCACUUGCUUCUUUUGUUAAAGAGCAGCAUGGUGGCAGGACAAAGCUUUACGAUGAUUGUCUUUACACCGCUUAUCACCUGCCCCUUCUUCCUGGACAUGAUGGGUACCGGUUGAGGAGUAGUCCUGUGUUGAAAUAUCCUGGUGGAAAAUCUCUGCUGGACGAGGAGAUUGAGCGCAAUGAGCUUCGCGAUCAUCAUGAUGAUUAUAUGGAGCCAGAGGAGCAUUCAGUUGGUGGCCACAAUCGCCCUGAAGACGAGCACCAUUUCGAAGCGUCGCCUCGCAACUCGGAUGAUCAUCAUCACGAAAACCGGCAAGAGUUCUUGGAUCGCAUUACCGAGGAGGUUCGUGGUCGCGCCGAUGAGCAUGAAGAAGCUGCUAGCUCCAGCGAGAGUGUUCAAGUCAUGGAGCAUGCUCAGUCCUCUGAAGUAAACGAGAACAGGCCUCCUUCGCCAGAGCCUCACCGUCGUCGAAGACACAGCACAGAUGACACCCACGCUCUCAUUCGAGACCGUCCUUCUCCACCACCCCCUACGCAUUCUUCGUCGUCAUUGCCACAGGCCCCGGCCCGCACUCUGUACAAUGUUGCCGAGAUGUUCGUCUUUAGCUACGGUGUUGUCGUUUUCUGGAACUUCACCGAGCGACAGGAGAAAGACCUGCUUGCUGAUUUGGCCUUUGCUACGUCAUCAGCAACCGGGAUUCCCAUCCCGCUGGCUACAAUGCCGCUUGAUGAAGAGGAUUUCGAGACAGAAGAGUUCCACUUCGAGUAUUCUACUGAGAUUUCUCGUCCGCGGGUCUACAACGACAUGAUUACCCUGCGUAGUGGUGACCAUAUGAUCAAGCUGGCGAUCAGUCAUGGCAUUUCUCAAAGUACCAAGCUCUGCUUCUUUGAGGAAGUCAUGGCUCGUCAAAUGGCAGACGCCAAAGAUGUUCCCAGGCGACUCGCCGUCACAGGAAAGCUGGGAAUGAAGCGCGAAGAGGUCUUCCGGAUCCUCGGUCGUCUCUUCAAGAGCCGCGUGGAAGUCAACCUUUCAUCAAACAUGCUCGAUGUUCCCAACUUCUUCUGGGAGAGCGAACCGACCCUGUACCCGCUCUACAUUGCUGUGCGCGAGUACCUGGAAAUCAAGCCUCGCAUCCAGGUCUUGAACGAGCGUUGCCGUGUCUUCUUGGAUCUGGCUGAGAUCCUUUCUGAUUCGAUUGCUGAUACCAGAACCUCCCACCAAACCUGGAUCAUCAUUGUUCUCAUCGUUAUCUCGAUUCUCGUCACCACCUCCGAAGUCUUCCUUCGCUUCGGCCUUCUCCAUGCCAGCCAGGGUACUAAUGGAACUCCUGCCAGUGUUUUGGCCCGGGUAAUGGGGCGAUCUGUCCCCUCUCCCUCUUCGGGCUGGUCCCCGUACUCUGCCUCUGGUGUACCCCAGGGCUGCAUAUGCCCUUCCCUUGUUCCAGGCGGAGAACCGCAAUUGGGUGUCAGUGGUUUGAUGGGUCUCUAA